AUGGAAGCAAGGUGGCUCUUCUCUCUCUUUUUUUUGCUCUCAGUGCCCAGUGUCACAGGCCAGACUGCAGAUGUCAUUACCCAGACAGAAGCGGUCCAUGCGCUGCCAGGUACUGACGUGACCUUGACAUGCAUGUUGCCAAAACUGCACACCACCCACGUCAUCCAGACACAGUGGUCCAAGACUGAUGGCAGCCCGUCUACCAAAAUAGCUGUACAUCACUCCACCUAUGGCACCCAUUACUUCACAUUUUCUGAGGCUCCUUACAACUUCUCAGUGUCCUUCAGCACAAGGAGGUGCUGCGGUGGGGAUGACACAGGGUCCUUGUGUUCCACCAAUCCAAAUGCCACGUCUGAAUGCAGCUGGUGGGCUCUGCAUCUGGAAAAUGUUACCGUGUCCCUUACUGGGCAGUACGAAUGCAUUUUUGCUACUUACCCAUACGGGACAAAGGCUGCGAAAAUUCAACUUACUGUCAAGGCAGAAGAGGAGAGGCACUACCUGAAGAAAGUGUGGUUAAAGCAGACUUUAGAAAUUCCAUGCCUUGAGGACGCGACCUCAGAAAAUUUGUCCACUUAUCCUUUGAAAUGGCUAGUGGGUGAAAAUGGAAGGAAAGAGGAACUUGUGACCAAGGAGCCCUCCUGUCCUGCUGUGUACAGGAACAGCAGCUUGCUAUAUGGGCAAAGAGUCCUCCUAGGUUUCAACUACACCCUAAAGGUUUUCCCCACCAAAAUCACUGAUGAUGGCAGAGUCUUUUCCUGCCACGUGCUGUACCACCCAGAGAGAGUCCAGAAGAGCAGCACCACUGUGAGAGUAUUUGCUCAUCCCGAGAUCUUCAUUAGCCUGCAGGAGGGCUCAGCCAACACCUCGCAGAAGCCUAAUGUGAGCUGUGUCGUGAGGAAGGCAUUUCCCAAGCCAAGGCUCCUGUGGUACAUGGACAGAGCGAGCCUGACGGAGCAGCCUGGAGAAAUUUCUGUGGUACAAGAAGACUUGCAAGACAGUGAAGGUUUCUAUGAGUUGAAAUCAACACUGAUGUUGCAAAGGACCCAUGAGACACAUAAGGCAUUCUCAUGUGUGUGUCUGUUUCCCUUCCUGGGAAAUGAAACAAGGAAUAUUUCAUCAGAAGAAAUAUUUGUUUCCUUCGACAAUAAGUCUAAUGAAGCCUCAGCUGAAGUUUUUACUACCACAGUUUCAGAUGAGCACCAGUCAACAUCUGUGGCCUCUCUGGAUUUCACAAGUCAAGCAAAUAUGGCUCCUGCUUCCACAACACAAGCAGGAGCACUGACUUCUACCACAGAUGCAAAAGUCUAUACAAGUGCCACAGCAUUCAGUGAGAUUUUGGCAACAAGUAACCUGUCCUACAGCAUCACAGACCAGACAAUUUCAGUUUCCAGAGAAAAAGAUUUCUUUCCUACCAGCAGCCUGCCGAACAGUACUGGUGACAGGAGGAACACCAAAGCCAGUCACUUCCCCUGGCCAACAGUGGUGGCUGUCCUGCUCCUCUUCUGCAGCUUUCUGGUAGCUUUAGGCAUCAGGAAAUGGUGUCAGUACCAAAAAGAGAUUAUGAACAGACCUCCAUCUUUCAAGCCACCACCACCUCCAAUAAAGUACACGUCCAUGGUAGAGUCUGAUGGGACUCCUCCAUCCUGCCACGAACUGGAAAACCUGUAA